AAAUACGCCUUAAUUGACGAGUCACGAGAUACAUCGAAGUUUGAAGUAUCAGACUACCAUAGAUUAAAUCAAGAUAUUAACUACAAACAUUAGAAGUGACAUGAUAACCCACAUACAUAAUAUUAUAAUCUCACAAUAAAUAACACGUAUGCACGAGUGAAAUUUAGGUUUACAGAAGGUUUAUUUCUAUUUCUUAUAAAACAACGUUAGUAAGUCUCAUCUAUAUACUGUCCUGCGACAUGAAUCUGGUUUUAUAAUCCACUUUAAAACCAUUACAGAACCAAUGGUUUUAGGGUAGUAGUUAAAAUAUUUUUUAAGGUUGACAUGGAAACAAUAUUGUUACUAAGAUCAUCAUGAUGUUUUCAAAACUUUUUCGAUAUUAUUGUAAUAACGUAUAAUCAAUAAAGAUUGGUUUUAUAAGAGAUUAAUUAAUAGUCCGCGAAAACUAAAUGAAUUAGACGGUAAAUAAAGUUUAUCAGUAUUAUGCCAUUUCAUGAAGCACCCAGUGUUGAGCUGGGAUCAGCACCAAGAUCACCAAGUGUUAUUGCCUCGCCAUCACCUUCAGAGGUUUCUAGUACGAGCUCAUCAGAACCACACAACGUUCGAGCAACGCCCUUAUUCAGGGCCCUGGCAUUACGACCUCCAGAACCAGAACAACCUCCAGGACAAGACGAAUUGGAGCGACGCUUGCCAGGCUACAGGCGAAUCGUUAUACCUCGGGAAUUAACUCUUAUUGAAUUGCUUAAGCAGAGCAGCGGUGUUACAGCGGAUGAUGAAGUCUUGAGAAUCCGCGAAGCAAAGUUAAAAGUUGUGGCUGAGCGUGUAGGCUUACGACGUCUUCAUGUUUUAGCUCCACACUUGAGACAAUUGACACUCGAUGGCAGUGCAAUAUCCUCUCUACGAGACUUGGGCAUUGGCCUUAUCCAUUUAAAGGUGCUUAGCGUCAAUCGUUGUGGGCUUACAUCUUUGGACGGCAUUUGGGGUCUUGGUACCUUGCGAGAACUCCAAGCAGCAGGAAAUCGAUUGCGUGAUCUUCAUCCUUUGGCUGUGUUACAGAAGCUGCAUACACUUAAUCUUGCUGACAAUCCUCUGGAGGAAACAAGCCGCCUUUGGACUCUGGGCGUAUGUGGUGCAUUGCGACGUAUAAUAUUGAGGGGUACGCCUUUGGCCAACCUCAUGGAGUACCGAACAUUGGUGGCCUCAGCUCUGCCAAUGCUGACGCAUCUAGAUGAUUUUCCUCUUCAAGAUGAUAGUGUUAUCGAUGAGGCUAUUGAAGCCUCUUCGGAGUCCGAUGCUGACGUCAGCGAUAUUGAACUAGAUAAACCAUCUAAUGUGCAAUCUGAUCCACAACCUGGUCCAUCACAUGAGAACAAAGGACACGAACCAAACGUCUGUAUAGAACCCAUUCAACCAACAGCUCGUAAACGACCAGCGACAACAGAAUGCAUUGGUCUUCGGCCGAGAAUAAAUGUUCCGCCAAGACCAAAGACCGCCGUAGAACGAAAUGCACCAUCAAAAUUGCACGUUAUUAACACACUUUUGGACAAUGAGUGGCACUGUAGCGGCAGUAAGCUGACUUCGAGUGGACCAGUUUAUGGGAAUUUAGCAAGAGCGUUACGAAGAUCGAGAAACAGUCGCGAUAGUUCAAAUUCUGAUAUAUUUGUCGAACAAACACUGGACGUGGAUUGUCGCGCUGUUGCCGCAGAAAUACCGCGAGCUCUCACUUCAGAACUAUGGGAUAAAUUCAAACAAGACACUGGAAUUGAAAUCGAUAUAGACUUCAAUGAAAGACCAAAAGACGCAGAUCCAAACAAAGCCAUUGAACGUUUAGAACAAAUAGAAAAGGAAACAAUGGAACGAUUGAACAACGAAAACCCUGACUCGAAUUUCACACGCAACGUCUAUAAUUUUGCUUCGGAUCCUGCUAGAAUAUUCUCAAGUGGCCUAAAUGAUGAAUUGUGGAGGGGUAUUGAAGAUCUGGCAUUGCCUGAUACGGAGUAUACGGGAAAUCUACAACAUUGACUGCAAUUAAUUAGAAUUUUAAAGGAUGCAUAUAUCUUAACAAGUAUUGGUGAAAUGAAAGCUGUUGCGAAAUUGAAGAUCUUUAAAGCUUAUAGCGUAUAUAAUGCAUGUAACCUUCUCAACCUUUAGAUAUAAAUUCAUUUUACUAACCUUUGACUUUUUCCAAAAAGAUGCAGACUUACUGAAUUCUGCUGCAAUUGCGUCCAAAACAUUUCCAACAUUCCAAACCAUUUGACGUUGACUUUUGGGAACUGGGAAAACAAUAAUUUGUAUGAAAUAUGGUCACGUUGCGUCUUUUCAUUUGUAGUAAGUGUUUGUCUAAAGUUUUUAUAUGAGUUGGAUAAAUCACAACGAAUUUGUCAGCUAAAGAAUAUAUCUGGUUCCGUGGGCUUGGUUAUCGUAGAAUGUAUGCAGAACUAUGAUAUAGAUACAACGACUCUAUGUGUGUCCUGAAAAUUGACCCGAAGAGCUAAAUGUAUUGAGCCUAACCACGCGCAGAAUUCUCUAGCUAAUUCCAAAUACCAAUCAUAUCAUCAAUACUUUGCUAAAUUCAUAUUAAAACUAUGAAUGCACCAUAACAUAUCUAUUUAAAUAUAGCUGUUUAAUAUACAGCUAUAGUUAUUGUAUGUCUUUGACAUAGCUAGAGAUAGAGCAAGCAACGGUUUUUAUCAUAGUUCUAAACACAUUUUUGUGUAUUUAGAAAGGUGUUAUAUUUUGAUUUGAACACAAAGAAUUGUGUUAUUUCUUGUUAAUUAAAGAUUGUUUUGUUUAAUACAUUUUAUUAUUCGUU